UAAUUGAGAAGAAAAUCAACCAAACUGGCACCAUCAGCGAGUAGAGAGAAGUUUUUUUUGGUGUAAAAACAUCUUUUUCGUAGACCAUUAUAAAACGCGAUUUUUAUCCGCAGUAUUUUAGAACCGGAUGCAAACGGCUAUCGGCAGCUCCCUCCUAACCACCCGACGGAACAUCAUGCCCAACUGAUCGCGGAGGAAUCGAUCGCAGAAUGAAUCUCCAGUCCCUGUUUCAAGACUUUAAUCCCAGCAAAUUCGUGGUACAUUGUUGUUUGUUCACAUUUACAAUUCUAUUUUGCUUGCGAUUGGAUGAUUAUUUAGAUUGGCCGUUCUGGGUGAUUUUUAUUCCGCUAUGGAUCUGGAAAUUUAUUGCCACCCUUGGGGCUAUAGUUGGAGCAGUGGUUUGGUGUCGUUACCCACAUUACAGAGUGGAAGGUGACUCCUAUGCGCACUUCAAGGCGAUGCUCAUUUCGCUCUCGCUCCAUCUGAUACUGUUGAUGUUCGAGUUGCUAGCUUGCGAUAGGCUUACGUCCGGCCGACAUCUCUGGGUGCUGGUGUUCAUCCCGCUGAUAUUCGGCAGCGUGGCCAGCGUUGGUGCCUGCGUCUGGGCCGUAAAACACGAUCGAUCGUUCGAGUUAGAGCUAUUCUGCGCGGUAAAUGCACUCCAGUUUGUGUUUCUUCCGCUAAAGCUGGACAAAUUUGUCUUCUGGAGCUGGGAGGUUGUUUUCGUUCCGCUGUGGAUAGUUCUAUGUCUGAGUCUUGUGGCCGUUCUGUAUAGUAUCAUUUUCUGUGGAAUACUGCUACGAACACCAGAAGUUUCGCCGCAGCAGAAAAAAUCGGCAAUUCAUUCGGCCAUCGGGAACUGUGCCACUGUGCUUCCAAUUCUGGUAUUCCAGGUGCUACUCGCGGAUAAGCUCGACGAGGACCUAGACUGGCCAUUCAUAGCCGUGGCGGGGCCUCUCCUAUUGGCACUUUUUGUGUUGAUACUGUUGAGCUUCAAUGCGAAGGGUGGAAACAAAUGGUGGUUCGGCAUUCGGAAAAACUUUAGUCAAUUUCUGCUCGGUGUGCUACCGUGCCUGCAGGAAUAUGGCAACAUAUCAUAUCACACGGAAAGCGCCGGCCAAAGUGUUCCCCUCGAUACGGCUCAGGUGCAGCAGCUGGAUGAAUUCGAAAAGUAUCAGGACAAGAAGAGUAAAAAAGCUAUCAGCAAAAAGAGCGAUCAUCUGAAACCGGUCGUUCCGAUCGUCAGUAUAGACUUGCCCGAUUGAAGUAACUGCUGUUUGCUGCUGGAAACAAACACCAAACAACCGCGCCGAGGAAACUCGAAAGUCUUCACGGUUUUGUCAUGGGGAAACUCGCAUCGGACGCUUCAGGUUCUACUUUACAUGAUUAUUACUUAUUUACAUCUAUUUAGCUAAGCUUCCUAUCACAAAAUAGUUAUAAUGCAUCUAACUAUGAACAAAUAGAGCUAGAUAGGAAAAGGUCGAUCUGGGUGACAUGAAAAGCUAAAUCCACCGAAUGGAGAUUAUCUUGGUUGUCCCCAGACAGCAAUCAUUUGGCUCUCAACGUGAUAUGAUCUACUCUGAAAUAACUUCGCUACAUCGAUUUGGAUUCAUACUCGCCAUAUUAUUUCUUACAUUUUUUUUAAAUAUCGUAAUAAGUGAAAAAUUGUCAAUUUUCUUUAAAAAGUAGCAAAGUCUUUGGCAAUAACCAUAUUUAUUUAACCAAUUUAGGAUAGUUGAAAUUUAUCGAUUAAGAAACUCGAUGGAAAGUGUUUAACUUUAAUGAUUGAAGUUACAAUAAAUAUUAGAUAAAUUUAUCUUUUUGUAUCCGCUUGAAAGUAAUGUUUUAAUAGUUUUAUAGAUAAGUAAUUCGAUUUUAGGAUCUCCACUGUUACUGGAAAAUUGUUCUUUUUUCGAUCAGUAUAUAUCACAUACGUAUGACAAUAUCAGUUUAGCGGAAAUUUACACAAAUCAUUUAGCGAUACCGUGAAUUAAAACAAAAUAUUAGCUAUUCAAUAUGAACUGAGCUUAGAGCAUUAUAAAACCAAUUGGCUCCAUGCAAGCUUGCAAAUGCGAAUCGUAUUGUUGUCAUGCUCCGUUUCAGAAUGCUCGAGCCAGAUAGGAAACAAAAUCUUAAAUGACCGGCUGUAACAAACCCAGAAACGUGACUCGCUAGUUAAACUAGUAAUUAAAUCCUACGGUUGAAAUAAAAAAGAAUCAGCAUCCUUGUCUUAGCGAAAAUGCUGAGGGCUCGGUCUGUAAAUAAAAUUCUUGCUAGAAACCCGAGCUUGUAGCUGUCAUCAACUGAGAAAUAAUCCUUAAUUUAUUUGUUGGAUCUAUCGUAAAUUUAGGACUACAAAUAGGGACUUCGAAGAUCAAGCCUUAGAAUCUGUUCGAUUGGAACUAACAAGAUUAGCAGGAAUUAUAAUUAAAUUUAUUGAUUUUCUCCUCUAAAUCUCAUAUCAUAUAACAUAACUCUUGUCUGAAAGUGAGUUGCAAUCUUAUGAUUUUAUGAGAUUCAAGAUUAGUUUGAUUUUUAAAUUUUCUGAUUCGAAUUUAAGGAUUUUAAGUUGUUUUAGUCUUAACUCAACUCUGUAUACAUGCAAAAUAACCAUAGGACAGUCUGAUAAGUUUUAUUUGGUUAUUUCAGUUUAUUUUAAAUUUUUGGAACUUAUAUAAUUGU